UGCGCAUCAUCAUCGACAACCUCAAGCCACCCUUCUCGCAACGGAUGUAUUUCAACCCUCGUCGUCGUCGUUCGAACGCCUCCUCAUCACUCUCAGUGUCAGCUGAGAGUUCACAAAUUAUUAAAUAAAAUUUCAUCAAUUACAAAGGAAUCUUGGAAUUUUUCAAAAAAUAAUAACUGAGUCGCGCUUCGCACAGAUUAUUGGGCUAUGAAUGAAGACCCAACCCCUUUAUUUCGAGAUUUUGGCGGUGCUGUUUUUGUCUGUGAUACCCUGGCCAGGGCCAAGUGUAUUUAAAAUAUCAUGUCCACGAGAUCGCGCGUCUGUUGUGAGGAGGAUCGUACAGAAGAGGUGGAUCCCCAUUUUGAAGAAGUAUCAGGUCGAGUUGCCUUUGGAAUGUCCUUUUCACGAGAGUCGGGACAUAUUUUAUCCCCAACAGGCGGCAAAACAUCAACACAGAUCUUCUCAAUGGACGUGCGGUUUAUGUGGCAAGUCAUUUUACACCGAGAAUCACCUGGACGCACAUUUCGAUAACAGGCACAAAAGUAACAUUAAUACGGCAGAAGACGCCGUUUGUCUUGCAGAUUACUGUGACAUUAUGAGGUGCGAUGUCUUGGGCAAUCAUGAUUUUGAUAGCUCAUUAAUUGAUGGCACAAGUACUUUAAAUACAGACAUUCAAGUCUGGAGGGAGAACACUGAGAAAAGGGUGUCCACACCAUGUGAAUCUCGUGAACUUUCCAGAACUAGUCGAGGGGAAAAAGCCCAGGCAACCUCCGAUAGUAGCAGUUCUUUCAUCAGUUUACAAAGAUACUGUCAACGUAAUAAAGGAUCGUCGGAGGUUCAGUACUCGGCAAAUUCCUACCGCCAAGAAGUAGCAGGACCUGAUAAUAAAAGCAGUGCUUGCGAUGGCGAAGGUGGUGACGAAGAAGAAGGAGAAGAUGAUGAGGAUGAAGAAAUCGAUGACGACGACGACGAGGAGGAGGAAGAUAAUAUGAAUUUUGUAGAGGCUGCUCAUCCAGUUGCGUCUAAAAAACGACGCAGUAAGGCCUUUAAACUUGGAAAACUCAAAGCUAGCUGUAAGCCAGAAGAACUGCAAAAGUUGAAACUUCAAUGCGAGAUUCUUGUUCGAGAUUGCAUUGCGGGACUUCUCGCUAAUCUCUCAUUACGUGACUUUCAGGAGGUCGAAAGCGAAUUAAAUCGAGCUAUUUGCUGGUAUUUAAGUUGCGACCGAUACUGGGAGGAUACGAAAAAACAACAUCGUCAUACUCCUUGGUAUUUACUCAUCACAUUUUUGGUCUUAUUGUCUGCAAGUGUGUUUGGAUGUUAUUACAUCGUAUGGAUUGUAUUCAAUUCGGCAGAAGAUUCAAGAAUCGACAGCGAAAGUAGAAAUACGAAGUACAAUCAUAGUACCGAUUUUACUACUUCACACUAUAAUGAAUCAAACAUACAUGGAUCUGGAAGAAUGGACGACAGAAGAAAAGAAAUUUUAGAUGAAUCAUUAGCAUUGACUGGAGAGGACAUGCCGGACCAUUACAUAUACGUUGCUUAUCCACCUGAAUUAAAACGUCGAUUACUGGAAAGCUGUUAUAACAGGACCACUCGGCUGUGAAGUCGGCAGAAUGAAGAAACGCCGACGAGCGGACAAUCCAUUUCUUUUAAGUAUCGUCCGAAAUUUCUUCUAUUCUUUGUUUUUGUACACACACCAUUAAAUAAAAUUCGAUUCUCUCACAAAAAAUA